UUGCAGCUAACAGAUAAGCUUACCAAAGCAGAAGCAGAAAUUCAAGCAUCUAAGAUGAGUCGAGAUGACUUGUUAGCUCAAACAGAGUCUCAAAUAGCUGCUCGAGGAGCAGGUAGAAAUUGAUUUUAAUUCUUGUCAAAUCAGUAGAGUUCAGCUCAUAUGUAAUCUAAUUUUUGUAUAUAUUAUUAAUGGUUAGAACUCUUGCACCACUUUGGCACCAUGUCAGGUAAGCUACAUACACAUGUAGUGAUAUCCUUCAGGCAGGCUAGAGUUUUUUUUUCAGUUUUCAUGAAUAACGUGUCAUGGCUAGUACAGUUUGAAAGGAAUCAUGUUCAAGGACAUGUUAAGUGGUCUUGCCAAAGCAACUACAGACUCCUGUUGCUUCAAAACUUCAAGGGAAAUAGAAAAAAGUUCAAGUCAUCGGGAGUUUGAGUUAUCGAGAGUAAAAUUAUAUAGAAAAUUAUCUCACGGGAAAUGAAAAUUGCUUCAAGUUAGCGGGAGUUCGAGUUACAGAGGGUUAGAGUUACUGGGAAUCGACUGUAUAGCGUUAAAUGGAUGCUAUCUGGUACCUCGCACCAGUUAUCAAAAAGUUGGCUCAAGUAAAAUAGUAUUGCUAACAGCCUCUGACAAAACUACUGUGAUAAUCUAAGUAAAUCGCUUUUAAUUUACACUGAUGGAACACUGAUGUUUAUGUUUUGAUCAAUUUUUUCAGCUCUUGUUGAAAAAAUCUACCAGGCUCAAAAAGAACGUGAUGCAGCAAUGAAUGCAAGACUGAAGAUGGCUUACAGUGAGCGUGAGGAAUUAUUGGAUAAACUAAGAAGAACUGAAAGAGAACAUACAGGGUAUGAAAAUAUGCUUUCAUUUUUCCUUCUUGUUUUGCCAUGUAGGAGGCCCUUGCAAUACUUCUAGGUACCCCAUGCUGAACUUGGAUAAGCUCCUGCCAGCUGUAUUGGCCCUAUAGAGUACCGAAGUGUGACGUCAUAGAAAAUGAAAUUUGUGAAAUUAUGGGAUUUGUUAAGAUAUUCUGAAAGAACAACGUCCAAGACGCCUACUCGCCAAAAAUUAGCAAUUUGGGGCAGAUUGUCUCUGAGAUAUUAGCCCAGUUAUGCUCCGAUGACUCCAUUCAAAUCCUUCUAAAUCUUACCUGGUUCCUAAUCUUAUGAACCGAGCCAAAUUUAGAAGGAUUUGUAUGGAAUCAUUAGACAGCAUCACUGGGCUAAUAUCUCAGAGACAAUUUGCCCCCGAAUUGCUAAUUUUUAGCGAGAAGGCGUCUUGGACGUUGGUCUUUCAGAAUAUUUUAACAAAUCCCAUAAUUUCACAAAUUUCAUUUUUAUGACGUCAUCACUUCGGUACUCUAUUCAACACCGUUACUAAGGGUGUUUUCCUAAAGUCAGAACUGACCAGCUGGAGGGGUCAUAUUUGAAAAUGAAAUGUUAACUUUUUCUUAAAAUCUUCACUUAAACCUACCGCAGCCAACCAUUGAACUGGCUGGAUAGUUGUGAUUAAAAGUGGAAUUCUCUUUCAACUGAACUGGUCUGGUUGGCCAGUUCUACCUAGUGGAGAGAGCCUGAGCCCUAAGAUUUCAGGAGUAAGGUAUAUGCAAUUAGUAGGUGGGGGAUUGAACUGCUAGAAAGUUCUUUUGGUCAUAUUGUCAUGUUCGAUUUUGAUGAGAGUUGCAGAGGGUCACACUUGUAGUAGCCAGGGAAAAUACCCAGCCCACAGGCCUAAGUCAGAGCCCUGCUCAUUGAUCCAAAUCACACCAUUACCUUUUUUUCUAUGCUAACUAGUAUUUUUAAGUUAUUAAGAAGGUCAGCCUAUGCCUCACAUUCACUCAAAAAUUAGUACUAAGUCCACUUUUGUAAAAUGGUCUAUUCGAUCUACAGCAAUGGCUAUUACAAUACUGACACCUAGAUCUGUGGCUUUGUUAAUAUUGUUUUGUUUCAUUCUUGUUAUACAGUUUUGAUUCUGGUGUUGAUAGUGUCUAUGAUGAAGAAGAAUCCGAACCAGUAAGUGUUCUUAACCAUUUAAGCCCUAAGAGUGAUCAACGUCAAAUUUCUCCUUGUAAUAUCAAUGCUUUGUAAAACAGAUUGGUCAUGAGAAUAAAGGACAUGAUCACAUAAUACGAAUUUGCUUGAUAUUUUAUCAACUUCUCCCCACUACCUCUGUAGGAAAUGAAUAGGGGCAACAAAUGAGAAUUCAAAUUUUGAUGUUAGGGUUUAAAGGGUUAAUCUUCCCUUACUUUGUACUAACAAAGAAAGUUUCAAGCUAUAGUUGUACAUGAUUCUGAAUAUUAAAACAUUAAAAUAAAAUUGUAUUUAUUUUUUCAACAGACCAUGAGAUCUUUACUUGGUAGAAUAGCCUCCUCUGAAACUCCUGAAUCAAUUGACAAACAUGGUAAUUUAAUGGCUUACAAGAUAAGGACAGUACAGAAAAACAGAAAGAAAAUGGUGACGGAAGAACUUAAAGCUGUUAUCGCUGAAAGAGAUGCGGCUGUGGAAAAGGUCAAUUCUCAGAUUGCUUGAUUUUAACCCUUUAAGUGCCAAUAGUGACCAACAACAAGUUUCUCCUAACAAUGUCCAUACACUGUCAAGAGAUAAAGUUAUGAGAAUUAAUAAAAUGAUCAUAAUAGAGAAAAUUCCAUGACCUUUUAUCAAAUUCUCCUAACUAAUUCUUAAAGGAGAUGUAUGGAGAUCAGUUUGGAGAAUUUGUACGAGGAUAUCGGGGCUUAAAGGGUUAACAGUCUGUUGAAGGUUCUAAUUAAUAGAGCCAAAGUAUGAGUUUGUUGUACUUCACAAGAAGUUCUAGUUCUUUUGCUUAACUCUCAUUGUGUUGCUGUGAGAUUUAACUGCGCUGAGUUCUGCUUGGGCGGGCUAAACAAAUACUUUGUAUGCUUACACUGUAAGAUCAUGUUCACUGAAGUAAUUCCGUAUCUUUUUUCAUUUUGCAGUCAAAGGCACUGGAAGCAGAGGUCAUCAAUCUCCGGAAAGAAAUUGAAAUAAUGAAAAACCAGCACAAGUUAAUUGAUAGACAAAGGCUUAAGGCCAUUCAGGUAAAGUAUACACUGCCAGACCACAUCGUAUCUUCAGGAAUAUCAAUUUUCGGGAAAAAACAUUCUGUGCAGGCUCACGAAGGGAGCUUUUGGGUUUGACAAGCAUGGAUGUAAAAGAAUUUAAAUUAACAGACUACCGUUGAUGAUUGAGGUAUACACACUUAAUGGAUAAGAGUUGAGAUUCUUUAUCUGAAACGUUUUGUUUAUUGGUGAAAAUAAAGUGGAGGGCUUUGUCACGUGUUCCUUCCCCAUGUUGGGGAGGAUUGCAUGACAAGCCAAAAGGAUAUUUGAGUGAGAGGCUAUAAAAAAGUUGGCAUAAUUCAGCAUUUCCAGGUAGACCAUAAUGCACCAUUUAUCCCCCAAAAUUUUACAUAAUCAUAAUUGUCUUCAAUUUCUCUUACAACAACUAUAACACCCAGGAGAAUCUGGAAAUAUUGGUUAUGAAAAAUUUAGGGGGUCAAACAAGGUGCAUUGUGGUCUAUGUGAAAAUGUGAAUUGGAAGUAUGACGUAGCAAGCGACGUAAGGUUUUGCAGUUCAAUGCCUGCUGGUGGUAUAGAACUGGGUUGCAGUGACGUUACAGGCAGUAUUUGUCACUUUCAGACUUCAGUCAGUUUGCAGGGUGUUUCACAGGACUUAAGAUUUGUAAAUUCAUUUUUUACUCUUUGUGACAGAAUCAGUCGGCCCAGGCAAUCCAAGAGAGAGAUUUAGCCUUGAAGAAGAGCAAAAGACUUGAGGAAGAAAUUGAAACUAUCAGAGUUUAUUACAGGUUAGGAACUCCUCAAAAAUUUGUUGUGACUUGUAAAACCUUUUGUCAGUGCUGACUUUAAUUAAGAACGUUAAAGGCGAACGGCUGCUUGCAAGUUACCUCACUGUUUUAUAUCUUCAAAAACUCUGCCUAAAUUUUUCAAGUGAAACGAGAACGAUAAGGUCUCUUGGAUGACUAAAAUUUAUUUUUUACUUUACUUUUUACUACUUUAGUUUCUUUUUUUUUAAUAAUCGUGAAUUAUUUCACAGUUUACACGGAUCCCUAACGCAAGAACAAUCUCUUCGCGACCAAUUCAACCAAACCAUGGAUAACUUUGAAAGUCGAUUAAGAGCCCGUGAUGCAGACAUCCAGCAAGCACAGCGGAGUUAUGAUGAAGUGGUUGCGAAACUCAAGUCAGUGUCACAGGAAAGAAACACGCUCGCUAAACAACUGGAGGAGUCUUCUAAAAACAGACAACGGGAGAAAGACAGAGCUGACAAGUAAGUUCAAGACAACUUAGUAACACGGCAAUGAAGUUGAGCAACAAUCUUAAACAAGACCGAUGGAACAUUUCGAACCCUCCCCCUCCCCUCCCCCCUCCCCUCCAGGUCAAGGAUAAGAACAUUGGGCGUUUUGGCCUUUGAGCGGUUUUAUCCUUGAUUUAGCGGAGAUGGGGAGUGUGCUGUAGUAUUUUUGCUGCCCAAAAUUGUAGUGCGCAGUCGUUCUUUAUGUCGUCACGCAACGCAAGGAGCAUCGUUUAUUAAUGAAAAAAGUUUUGGCUCCGUAUGAGACUACCGCUAAGUUUACGAUCUGAUCGCCCUCAUUCUCUCCUACUCGCCCUUUUUCUUCCUCUCAAAUAUUAAGAACGGCGCAAGAAAGAGAACCCGUAAGUUAAAAUGGCGAGAAAACUGUCCCGUCUUCUUUCCUUUUUUUCAACCCCCUCUUUUUCCGUUGCUCCUGAGCACUCGGUAAUUUUGCGCACAAAUUGCUUGUACUUCCUAAUUUACAGACUGAAAUAUUGUUUACGAGGUUAGUCAGUCAUUGGAACCUACCAUACACAUUUUUUAAUUUUCAUCUAUCCUCCAACGUUAUGGGGGCCCAUUUUGUCCAACCUCGGUUAUAUUUCUUCCCAAUGAAAACUAAAUUUACUCGCGCGUUGCUAUAUUUGCUUUCCUUUUUGCUUUAUUUUUGUAGGUUAGAAAGAUUGGUCGGAGUUCUGCGCAAACGCAUUUCAGACUCGGGAGGAACAAGCGUAGCAACUAUCAACUAG